GUAAUGUUCAAUUGGAGUUAACGCCUUCUGCAGACUAUUCAGCCGGCAGGUUCCUAGUACGUUCAGCACUCAGAGUGGAGUGAGUGCGAGAGGAUGGAAUUCAGCUAACUUUGCUUCGAAGCAUACCUUACUUCGACUGUUCCUAUCUCAUUAUGGCAGAUUUCCCGGAUAAAAUUAACACUCAGACCAGUACGAGGACUCACAGCAGCGGGGUGAGUUCCAGAUUCUCCCCAGUCGCUGUGGAUAUUCAAUUCCUCAAAUCGUCCAUUGGAAUAUUGAUGCUAGUGGAAUUAGCUUUUGGCUUGCUCGUGUGGGCAUUGAUUGCUGGUUCAAGAAUCUCGCGUGGCGAUGCUGCAUUCGGAUGGGUGAUGUUUGUGGCUGUGACCCUGUGGAUACUCACUUUUGUUAUGUUUGUCUUCUAUGUACUAAGCUUGACUCUGAAAUUGCCAAUGGUGCCUUGGGCUCAUCUGUGUCUGUACUUUAACUUGGUUGCUACAGUUCUGUACUUAACUGCCUUCAUUACCAAUGCAUCAUCUGUUGACCCAACAUCUCUCAAAGGGACUUACAGAUACAACAACAGAGCAGCUGCUGCGUUCUUUGCAGGUGUAGUGAUGAUCUCGUAUGGGCUAAGUACUUUCCUCAGCUUCCUCUCUAUGCGAGGACAGGGCAGCAAUGCAGCAACAAGUCAGGCAACUGGAAGUAACUCAGCUUAGGAGUUCUGCAUCAGGCUGGAAGUUACAAUGUAUUCCGCUAUACACUUAUUUAAAUGAGCAGAUUAUGUCCUGUCCCAGUUGUCUCCAAAAACUACACCAUUUCCAGCUCUUGAGGUUGGUUACAGUGUCUAAAUACACUGCAGUUACCCAGGAGCAGAAUAAUUCAUCUUGUUUUUAUUCUGGAUUUUUGAGAAUACUUGAACCUUUCUAUAAAGUUUGCCCUGCUAUAAUACUUCACUCAAUAUAACUAUCACUUUACAUGAAGCAUUUACAUGAUGUGUUUUCAAACUACAUGGAUGUGAACUGCAUCACAAGCAUUUUGGACUAUGUGCUUACACAACAAUUGAGUGGUCUUUAAACCUCUUUUUAAGGAAUGAGGCACCUUGCUCCUCUGGACUGGGUGAGGAUGGUGUAGCACUUGACUGGAUAGCCCAGGAGGUGGACCUGAUGCUUGGCUGGUCCUUGAUUUGGAUUGUCUAGGGUAGGUCAGCAGAUACUCCAACCCCUUCCUAGGUUAAGGGUACCUAACUGAUCCUGAACCUGAUCACUACUAGCACUUCCUGUUUAUAGGAGUGUUUGUAAGCUAUGGACAAACAGCCUGCCAGUGCCCAGUAUUGUAACAUCACAGGUAGAGUGGUAUAUUGGAUUGUCCUCACUCGAGACAGCAUUGGCAAUGGAAAAUCCGUCUGCACUUUCAACAAAAUGUUGGGAAUAUUUGUCAUUAAGUAUGCAGUACAAUUCAAAGAUUUUCUAUCUCCAAGUAUAGAAUGCAGGUUUUUUAUAAUGGAUCCUUUCUCAUCCCUUUGAAUCCAUAGAGAAUGCAAAACUUUCCAACACUAGAUUCACUUACUGUUACUGAACAAACUACUUUGAUCAUAUUCACCCUAUCAAUUACUCUGGAGGCAUGAACUAGAGAUUCUACUCACUCUUUGAAAAUAGUUUAAAGGAAUUAAAACUACUGUGAACUUCAUUCAAAGGUUUGGACUAUGUUUAUUGUUCUUUGGUGCCAUCACAAACCACUGACAACAGUAGAUACAGUUCAAAUGCAUUGGUGUUCUACUGUAGAAGGUGAAGAUGUUGGUCUAGGGAAGAAAGGUGAAGUAGGAUUGGGAGGAGACAGAGAGGCAAGGGUUGUAAGGUACUGUUGGGGUGCUGAUCUCUCUCUCCUUUUUUGCUAUUGUGGAGAUGCCUGAGGAAGCAUUCAAAGUUCAGUGCCCGAUGGCACCUGACCCUAAAUCAAUACUUAAAUGUGGCUGAGGAAACUUCAGCAACAGCAGAAUAUUUAUUUUUAUUUUCUAAUGAAACAAUGUCACUCCUUAAAAAGGACACAGAAGCAUAAAAGUCAAAGCAGAGUCUUAAAAGGGGAGAGGGAGAGGGAGAG